AAUUUGCCCCUUCACACCCUCUGGACUCUGGUUGGGACCUCAGAACACAGACGCCACAGGCAGCAAAGGGUGAAGAUGAAGAAGCUGGUGGGGAUUUCGCUCUGCCUGGUGCUGCUGGUGACCAUCUACACAGAUGCCAACCCCAUCAUCAAGGAGAGCGUCGCUAAGCAGCUGCUCCGCAGCAAGAGGCAGGAACGGCCGAUGAAGGCCGGCCACCCCGAUGAGCCAAUGAGGGAGCAUCUGCUUCACAUGCAGGCUCUGGAUCAGAGGGCCCAGGAGACCAACAUGGAGAACUGGCUGAACCCCCACUGCUACCCUCGCUGUGACAGGAACUACGGAUACCCCGUCUGAUGAAGAACCCCCCACUUCGGCCCCCUGAUGCCCGCUGUACCUGAAUGCACCACCGUGCAAACACACACGGCAUGACACCCACACUGCAGGGCGCAAUCUUCCCAAACCGUUGGAAUUUCUAGUAUUUCAAAAGGAGUAGAAAAGUUAUUCCUCAUUCCUUCAUUAUCUAUUGAAUUACUUUUUUUAUAUGUUGCUAAUUUCCAGCUGUUGACACUAUUCCAGUUAUCUGGGGUUGAAUGACAACUAUCUGUCUCAGCAGGAAACAUCUGAAACCUGUAAAACUCGUUCGGUGGGCUCCAGUGGGCUGCUGAACUGCCAAAUGGUUUGAUUAAAUAAAGUAUUUGAAUACCAACAGGCCAAUCCACUGAGCAGCAGGUGGAGACACAUGUGAUGUAUGUCGGUUUUUGAGACAAAAAGAAUGAAACUCUGGGUGAGGAAAUAUGACCCUGAAUGCAUCCAAUUUGGAUUCAUAAUGGCAGACAGUGGCGAGAGCAAGCAGGCUACAUAUUUUAGUCAUUACAGCUGACAGAAGCACAACACCUUCCGUUUUAAUUGAAUUGCUAUAUAAGAUGUGGUCUCAAGGCCUUCAGUUUAAAAAACAAGAUUUAGAAGCCCUGCUUAAACACAGUCAAUUAUGGUGUUUGGAUGAAAGUGCCUGUAGAUCAGGGAUGUCAAACAUACGGCCCGGGGGGUCCAGCUGGGCCGCCGGAUGACUUUGAUAUAAGAAUUACAGAAAGACACAAAUUGCCUUUCUAUAGAAGGAGCUGCUGUUCCAAUUCGGCCCACUGGGGGUCAGCCGGACGGUGAUUUUCAAGGCCUCCUUGAGAUGAAAGUGGUAUGUAGUUUGACGCCACUGCUAUGGAUGAUUACAAUUUUGGAAUAGAGGCCACAUCAACGCAAAACUAAACAAAUCCAGAUUUCUAAUCCUUUGUGGUGGUCAAGGUGACAAAAUGUUUCCAUGCAUAAAUUACAGGUGGUUUGCUUCGGCCGAUAUGACAUUGUUUGAACUGUUCUUUACUUUUUUUACCAACAUUAAAGGAGCUCAUGAUCAUGGCAACAAUAAAAAAUACUCUCCUAAAUAUGACCAUGUGGAGAUUUUCUGAUAUAUAAAUGGUCAAGCAUAUAAUCUUACUGUAUUACAGUCGUAUUGUUAUCUCUUAAUUGUAAGGUGAAAUACAAUCACGAAUAAAAACAUAUACAUGCUA